GUUCCUACAAACAUGGGAGUUUCUGAUAAUGUUGGUGUGGUUGCAAACAUUGGAAUCAUUGGAGUGAAUGGCCCUACAGGGCCAGUGGCAACUGGUGUGCUUGGUAAAGAAGCAUUGGAGUUUGACCCAGACAGGGAGCUGGGCAUGGCAGAGCUAGGCAAGCAGAACUGGGUUCAUCCAGUGUUCUAGAAACAGUAGAGCCAGGCAUGGAUGGAGUACCUGGAACAGCAGAAUUACGGGUACUGUGCAUACUUGGUGUGGCCAGAACUGCGGAAAUUAGGAGUAUUUGGCAUAGCAGUAUUACGAAAAAGCGAUGAGCGAGAUACAGCCGAGCUGGGUUCAGCUGGUGUAUGUGGUACUGCUGAGCCAGGUGUGGCCGGCUGUUUACUGGUCAGAGUUACGAAAGUUGAUGUGUUGAUGCAACAGAGUUACGUAAAGAUGAAGUGUGUGAUACACAGAAUUGGGAUACUGUGCAUACUUGGUGUGGCAGAACUGCGGAAAUUAGGAGUAUUUGGCAUAGCAGUAUUACGAAAAAGCGAUAGCGAGAUACAGCCGAGCUGGGUUCAGCUGGUGUAUGUGGUACUGCUGAGCCAGGUGUGGCCGGGCUGUUUACUGUGUCAGAGUUACGUAAAGUUGAUGUGUGUGAUGCAACAGAGUUACGUAAAGAUGAAGUGUGUGAUACACAGAAUUGGGAUACUGUGCAUACUUGGUGUGGCAGAACUGCGGAAAUUAGGAGUAUUUGGCAUAGCAGUAUUACGAAAAAGUGAUGAGCGAGAUACAGCCGAGCUGGGUUCAGCUGGUGUAUGUGGUACUGCUGAGCCAGGUGUGGCCGGACUGUUUACUGUGUCAGAGUUACGUAAAGUUGAUGUGUGUGAUGCAACAGAGUUACGUAAAGUUGAAGUGUGUGAUGCAGCAGAGUUACGGAAAGAUAAGCUGUGAACUGAAGCAGAACUCCGGAAAACUGGAGUAUUUGGUAUACCGGGACUGUGGAAUACUGGACUAUUCACAGCGGCAGAAUUUCGGAAAAGUGAAUGUCUGAUGCAGCAGAGCCAGGCACAGCUAAAGUAUUUGGCACUGCCAAGCCAGGUGCAAAUUGGGUGCUUGGUGUGCCGAGCUGGGGUCAUACAAUGUGCUUGGCGUAGCAGAACUGGGGGC